AUGGAUCUUCUCUCCACGAUCCGAAAGACUGGCUCACGCGGAGGCGUCAACUUCAGCUGGGACGAAGUCGCCAACUCGUCCCGCCGCGAAAACUACCUUGGCCACAGCCUGAAGGCGCCCGUAGGCCGUUGGCAGCAGGGCAAGGACCUCAACUGGUACGCCAAGGCCGGUGCGAGCGCCGCCAACACCGAGGAGACGCAGGAGGAGCGCGAGGCUCGCGAGCGCAAGGAGGAGCUGCGCAAGAUCAAGGAGGCAGAGGAGGAUGCCCUGGCACGCGCUCUCGGACUGCCAGUAAAACAGAGGGAUACAACGGGCGCGAACGCCAUCGAAGUCACCGGCAAGAGGCAGGUUGGUCCAACUGCUGGACCGGAUGAAGCUGGGGAGACUCAUGGCGACGAUCGCGAGAGACACGGCCGAGAUAGAUCACGACGACAUCGCGAUGGGGACAGACUGGAGCGGAACGCGCGUCAUAGACGGCGAAGCCGGAGUGGAAGCCGCGAUCGUGAUAGAGAAGCGGGAGAGCGACGGCGGCAUCCAAGUCGCUCUCGCGGGAAGGAGCACAGAGACCGCAGAGUACGAAGUCGUGAGAGGGAGGUGAGAGAUGAGGGCCACGAUAGGGCACAUGGUUCGAGAAAAGUCAGCAUGAUGCGCCAGCCUGCAGCAAUCAUUUUUGGUGGAACGCGAAUCGGUAACAGGGAGCUGUUCAAGCCCGAGACCAGCCUCGAAUCGUUCCUGGGAGUCCUACGCGCACACAACGUCACAACUAUCGACACGGCGCAGGCCUACGGGAAUUCAGAAGCCACGCUGGGCCAAGUACGCGCCGGAGAAAGAUUUACGCUGGAUACGAAAUGGAGCCCUCCCUCGUGGACAGAGACGACGCCGUGGGCCAGCCAGGCGCGCAUCAUCGAGACGGCUGACGAGAGCAUCCAGAGGCUCGGCACGCCGGCGGGGACGUUCUACCUGCACAAGAUGGACCCCCUCACCCCGCUCGCCGAGACGCUCGCCGGCGUCAACGAGGCUUACCGCCGCCGGCGCUUCCGCCGCCUCGGGCUGUCCGGCUUCCCGCCCGCCGCCGUCGCCGCCGCGCACGAGCACUGCAUCACCCACGGCUACCCGCCGCCUGCCGUGUACCAGGGCGGCUACAACCCGCUGAGCCGGGACAAGGAGGCGACGCUGCUGCCGACGCUGCGCCGGCUGGGCGUGGCGUUUCACGCGUUCAGCCCGGCGGCGGGCGGCUUCCUCGGCAAGACGCCGGCGCAACAGGCGUCGACGACGUGCGCGCCGUACCUGCGCGAGGAGCGGUACGCGAGGGCGCUGGGGAGGUGGAACGAGCUGGCCGCGGCGGAGGGCGUCGGCGCGGCGGAGAUGGCGUAUAGGUGGAUGGCUCACCACUCGGCGCUGGACGGCGCGCGGGGGGAUGCGUUGGUGAUUGGCGCGAGCAGCCCGGAGCAGCUGGAGGAGACGUUGACGGGGAUUGCCAAGGGGCCGCUGAGUGAGGAGGCCUGCGCUGGUAUUCAAGAGAUUUGGGAAACUCUGAGGACGAGUUAG